UAAGCUUCUUCCUCACAUCUUCAGGGCAGGUGUCUUUCUUCUUAUACCUUGUCACUUUGCUGAAGGACAAAGAGGACCUGAUGGAAGCUGUAAACCCAAAGGCUGUUUUGUAUCUUGCUGGGGAGAUUGUGGUAUUCUGGCUUUCCAAAGGGUCGGGAUGGUUUGCACAGUGUUCUGGAGUGCUUUAUAAAAUUACAAGGCCUCCUCCUAACCCUCUUUACAUAAAAUGAACACGUCUCUCCUCUACAGAACUCUCAAGCUCACUGGCAGGACAGAAGCAAAUUAACUUGAAUACUCAUCCGCGGCUCAGCACAAACGACGACGACAUGGAGCUUUGAAGGUGACAGUAGCCUGGUGUCGGCCAUGGGUCAUCGGGACACAGACGGACCAUGUGGACCACUUUCUUCAAACUACGAGUCUUCUGCUGUCUGUUUGCGGUGCUAAUGGUGGUGGUGUUGGUGGUCAAUAUCACUCAGGUGGAGGAAGCAUGGUGGCAUGCAGGCAGACAUGGUGCUGGAGAAGGAGCUGAGAGUUCUACAUCCAGAUCGGCAGGCAGCAGGAAGAGACACUGGGCCUGGCUUGAGCAUCUGAGACCUCUAAGCCCACCCCCAGUGACACACUUCCUCAACAAGUACUUGGACCAUGAGACUCUCUCAGGGACGUUCAUUGACAGCAGCGGACAGUUUAUUUCCUCGCAGGCUACAGGCAUUAGCCGGAAUCCGUACUGUGGGUAUGAGCACCAGACCCUGUCCAGUCAGGAACGCUUAGAAGAAGAUGCCUUGCUUGCCGCCUCCAAGUGGCAGGUGCCUGAUGUGGACCUGGUCCCUUUUGUGAAGAGCACUGACCCUUCUUCCAGCUACUUUGUCAUCCUGAAUUCUGCAGCCUUCUUCAAGGUGGGGAGCCAGCUGGAGGUGCUGGUCCAUGUGCAUGAUUUUCAAGGGAAGCCCAAGAAGUAUGGCGGAGACUACCUGCAGGCCAGAAUACACUCGCCUAAGCUGCAGGCGGGGGCCAUGGGCAGAGUGGUAGACUACCAGAAUGGAUUUUACAAAGUGUUUUUCACCCUGCUCUGGCCUGGCAGAGUUAGAGUGUCCAUCUCUCUGGUUCACCCCAGUGAAGGGAUUAGAGUUCUUCAGUACCUGCAGGAAGCAAAACCAGACCGGGUCUAUUUCAAGAGUCUCUUCCGCUCGGGAAGGAUUUCGGAAACAAUGAAGUGCAACGUGUGUCUCCCGGGAAGUCUUCCCCUGUGCAACUUCACGGACCUCUACACCGGGGAGCCCUGGUUCUGCUUCAAACCAAAGAAGCUCCCCUGCAGCAGCAGAAUCAACCACUUCAAGGGCGGGUACACGAAGGGCCUUCUCACUGCUGCGGACAGUGCUUUCUUUCAGAGUGGUGUCAAUAUCAAAAUGCCGAUCAACUCCAGUGGACCUGACUGGGUGACUGUGAUUUCCAGGAGAAAAAAAGAAACUGAUGACCUAGAAGUAUCUCAAGGUUCAGGAACUUUCCCUUCUGGAUAUUUCUACAAAGACCAGUGGAGGCCCAGGAGGUUUAAGAUGCGCCAUUUUAAUGACCCUGCUAACGUUACAGAAUGCUUGCAAAGAAAAAUGGUGUAUUUAUUUGGUGACUCAACGAUCAGGCAGUGGUUUGAAUACCUCACUAUGUUUGUCCCAGAUUUAGUGGAGUUUAAUUUGGGUAGCCCCAAGAACGUUGGCCCCUUCCUUGCAGUGGACCAGAAACACAACAUCUUGCUCAAAUAUCGCUGCCAUGGUCCGCCCAUCCGCUUCACGAGCGUCUUUAGUAAUGAGCUUCAUUAUGUGGCAAAUGAACUGAAUGGGAUUGUGGGGGGGAAGAAUACAGUGAUCGCCAUAGCUGUAUGGUCUCACUUCAGCACAUUCCCCUUGGAAGUCUAUAUCCGGAGGCUCCGGAACAUCCGCCGAGCCGUGGUCCAACUCCUGGAUCGAAGCCCUAAGACUGUGGUUGUCAUCCGGACAGGCAAUGCCCAAGAGCUGGGGCCCGAGGAAGGACUCAAGUUUGAAUUGGACUAAAGUACACGGAGUCCAUGGCCCUGCGUAGCUACGGCUUGUUUGACUUAUGUAAAGAGGUUUUGUUUUUGUUUUGAGAACUUCUGAAUAGUUCCUUAGGGAGGAGUUUGGGAGGAAGCCAAAGAGUCACUUUCUGGGCAAGUUUCAGGGACCGCCCACCAUUGGUUUAGAGUGAUUUCUAUGGCUGGUCUCUUGUGUCCUUGUUCAGUUUUUGCUUCUCCGUUUGUUUGCACAAGGUCUUAACGGUCUGACGGCCCAUUUUCUUGAAGUCCCUUUUAGCACUUUCAUGCCUCUUUUGUCUUUAUAUACUCCAGUGUGGAAAUUUUUAUAGAAGCUAAAAUGCUAUCUAAAUACUUCCUAUAACAGUUAGAUACAGGUUGAGCACUUCUAAUCUGAAAAUCCAAAAUCCUCCAAAAUCUAAAGCUUUUUGAAUCAAUGGGUCACGCUCAAGAGACAGAUGUGGGGCUGGAGACAUGGCUCAGAUUUCAGAGUACUUGCUGCUCCUCCAGAGGACUGAGCCUGAAUCCCAGCACCCAUGCCAACUGGCUCACAAACCACCAGUAACUGAUGCUACAGGUGUAUCCACUGCCCUCUUUUGGUCUACAAGGGCCACCUACAUUCAUGGAGCGUUCACUCACACUGACACACACGGAAACAGACAGAGACACAGACAGACAGACACACACACAUACAGAUAAAAAUACUAAAAACCAGAUGUAGCAUACACUUUUAAUCCCAGCUCUUGGGAAGCAGAGGCAGGCAGAUCUCUGUGGACUCAAGGCCAGUCUGGUCUUGAGUUAGUUCCACACUAACCAGAGUUAUGUGGUGAGACAUUGUCUCAAAACAAACCAACCAACUAACCAGCCAGCCAACCAACUAACCAAACACAUUCAUACAAUAAGAAUUAAAAAAAAAAUCUUAAAAAUAAUCUUUAGAAACCAGACAUACUAAACAUUACAUAAAAUUUCCUUCAAGCUAUAUAUAUAAAGUAUAUGUGAGACAUACAUUUCUUACUUAGGCUCGUGACACAUUAAUGAGUUAUAUA